AGUGCUCUUCUGUCCCCUUAGGUUACCUGGUUGGCUCCUGAGCAGACAGCAGGAAAGGAGAAGCCCUUUGUCUACACCCAGGGCCAAGCUGUCCUGACCCGGGCCUUCUUCCCGUGCUUCGACACUCCCACGGUGAAGUACAGAUACUCGGCGCUUGUGGAGGUCCCCGAUGGCUUCACAGCUGUGAUGAGCGCAAGCACCUGGGAGAAGACAGGUCCAAAUAAGUUCUUCUUCAAGAUGUGCCACCCUGUCCCCUCCUAUCUGAUAGCCUUGGCUGUUGGAGAUCUGGUUUCGGCAGAAGUUGGACCCAGGAGCCGGGUGUGGGCAGAGCCCUGCCUGAUUGAGGCUGCCAAGGAGGAGUACAGCGGGGUGAUAGAAGAAUUCUUGACAACAGGAGAAAAGCUUUUCGGACCUUAUGUUUGGGGAAGGUACGACGUACUCUUUAUGCCGCCGUCCUUUCCGUUUGGGGGAAUGGAGAACCCUUGCCUGACCUUUGUCACCCCCUGCCUGCUCACGGGGGACCGGUCCUUGGCUGACGUCAUCAUCCACGAGAUCUCACACAGUUGGUUCGGGAACCUGGUCACCAAUGCCAGCUGGGGCGAGUCCUGGCUCAACGAGGGCUUCACCAUGUACGCGCAGAGGAGGAUCUCCACCAUCCUCUACGGAGUGGCUUAUACCUGUUUGGAGGCUGCUACCGGGAGGGCCCUGCUGCGGCAGCACAUGGACAUCACCGGAGAGGACCACCCACUCAACAAGCUCCGGGUGAAGAUCGAGCCAGGUGUGGAUCCGGAUGAUACAUAUAACGAAACCCCCUAUGAGAAAGGCUUCUGCUUUGUCUCAUAUCUGGCCCACUUGGUGGGUGAUCAAGACCAGUUUGACAAUUUUCUCAAGGCCUACGUGGAUGAGUUUAAAUUCCAGAGCAUCUUAGCCGACGACUUUCUGGAAUUCUACCUGGACUAUUUCCCUGAGCUGAAGGAAAGGAAAGUGGACUCCAUUCCAGGAUUGGAGUUUGAUCGCUGGCUGAAUACCCCCGGCUGGCCCCCCUACCUCCCCGAUCUCUCCCCUGGGGACUCACUCAUGAAGCCGGCUGAAGAGCUGGCCCGGCUGUGGGUGACGGAGGAGCUGGACGUGCAGGCCAUCGAAGCUGUGUCCAUCUCUGCCUGGAAGACCUACCAGCUCAUCUACUUCCUGGAUGAGAUCCUCCGGAAGUCCCCGCUCCCCUCUGGGAACGUGAAGAAACUCGGGGAGACAUACCCGGCCAUCUCCAGCGCCCGGAACGCAGAGCUCCAGCUGCGAUGGGGCCAGAUUGUCCUUAAGAAUGACCACCAGGAGGACUUCUGGAAAGUCAAGGCGUUCCUGCAGAGCCAGAUUCCUCAGCAGGGAGUGGCGUGGAGAUACGAGGAGUGCUCGGAGCUCACCUUAUCAAGCGGGAGCUGCGUUUCUCCCGGAGUUCAAGCCCUCUGACCGCUCUCCAAACCUCUGGGGCUCGGGAGCCUGUGAUGCCGCCGGCUCGGCGACGUGAAUUCGACCUGUGGGUUUUCUUUAGCUUGGCCGCAGUUGGACCUUGCAUGGCCUGGGCUUUAUGUGCUGCAGCCUUUUUCGCCUGCCAUGCCUUGGUGCCCAGCCUCCUGCAGCUCCCCGAGUGGGCAUCCCAUCGUGUCAGCCCAUCUCGUCUGUUCUGUGGGGUGCAGAUGCCCCCAAGGUACCAUGGUUCGGAUGCCUGUCGGGCCCCGUUUCUGUGGAUCUUUGUCCUCUGAGGAGAUGCCAGAAUCAGAACCUCUCUGGGAAGCUGUGAUCCCCAAGUCCCUUUCUGAGACCUGGUCGUGCCCACUGUUAGAGCUCCGCGCCCCAGUGGGGGCCCAAGGGCCGGGGAGACCCCCAAGCGAGCCGCUGAGGACGCGGGUCCAUUUCUCCUUGCAGGGGAAGCAGAAGUACACCCUGCCACUGUACCACGCCAUGAUGGGCGGCAGCGAGGUGGCCCAGACCCUCGCCAGGGAGACCUUU